AGAAAUACUAGAUAAUCAUGAUUCUCUGUCGUAGUACACCUUUUUCACCCAUUUAGCACUCUACUAAAUUCAACGUACCGUAACUAGCGUAAAAUGGCCCUUUAUAAUCUUUAUGAUGAUGGUACAAAUAAAAAAAUUCAAACAAAGAAGAUAAUUUUAUUAUGUGCAGCAACUUUUUAUCAAUGGUUUGUUCUAGUUGAGAUAUUUAUUUUUUCACAAGAACAUAAAAAUGAUAUAUUCAAACUUCUAUAAUAAAAUUAUUAUUAUUUAAAAAACAUAGUCACCUAUUAAUAGAAAAAUAAUUUAUUUGAAACUAAACCCAAAUGGAUGAAUUUUCUUUGUGCACAAUCAAACCUAACUCCACUCGCACGAUAUUUUGUGCAUCGUCAUUAUGUGAAAGAACUCUAACAUAACUUACUUGCCACAAUAGGGUGUUGAACUCAUAUUUAAAGCAGCAAUCCAGUUGGUGAAAAAAAUAACGUCAAACCCUAAUUAAAAGAAGAUCUCUCUUUCUCUCUCGAUCUCGAUCUCUAUCUCUUCGACAAUGCAAUCACCUGUGACUAACGAAGACGCUAUCGUAGCCGUCGCAGCUGUUGAAGGCACUGCGCUUGAAAGUAAGGCAGACGUUACUGUUUCAAAGGAUGGCAGUGGAAAGUUUACAACCGUGAAGGAGGCAGUGGCCUCUGCUCCGGAGAAUAGCAAGACGCGGUAUACUAUAUUAGUGAAGAGAGGCACUUACCUUGAAAACGUUAUCAUCGGGAAGAAUAAAACGAAUCUAACAAUCCUAGGCGAGGGAAGUAACUUAACAACUAUCACCGGUAGUUGGAACCACGUUGAUGGUAAAGGAACAUACGAUUCGGCAACACUUGCCGUUGACGGAGAGGGGUUUAUGGCCCAGGACAUAUGCAUCGAGAACACAGCCGGGCCAACUAAGGAGCAGGCUGUGGCUCUCAGAGUCAGUGCCGAUAAGGCGGUGAUAUAUCGUUGCCGCAUCGACGCCUAUCAAGACACGCUCUAUGCCCACAUUGAGCGACAAUUUUACCGUGAGUGUUACAUCACUGGAACUGUAGAUUUUAUCUGCGGACAAGCUACAGCUGUGUUCCAGCACUGUCGAAUUGAAGCUCGGAAACCACUUAAAGGACAAAGCAACAUGAUAACUGCUCAACAACGCGAUUCCAAGAGCAAGAUUUCGUGGUUUUCUAUCCAGAAAUGCGAGAUAAAGGCGACUCCAGAUCUAGAUCAGGUCAAGGGAACGGUACAGACAUUCCUAGGACGUCCGUGGGGUGUAUACUCAACGGUAGUAGUUAUGCAGUCGCUCAUAGAUGACGUCAUUGACCCCGCGGGUUGGGCUCCGUGGGACAACGACAAGGGACGUCUGUCUACUUUGUUCUAUGGAGAAUACCAAAACAGCGGCCCAGGAGCUGGUACAGUCAAGAGAAUCACGUGGAAAGGAUUCAAAGUAAUAACAGAUCCGGAAGAAGCUGAACAAUUCACGGUGGGAAAACUUCUACAAGGACAGUCGUGGAUUAGAUCUACCGGAGUUCCUUACGAUGAAGGACUUUGAUUACACUAAGUUUCAUAUGAUUUUCUUAAUUAAGUAAAUUUGCACUAUAUUUUUAUGGUAACGUUAUAUCUUUGCAUUAUUUGUGUUUCCUAUCCUAGUGCCGGAGUUCCUUACGAUGAAGGACUUUGAUUAUCUUUG